GCGCAGGCGCAGCGCGGCCGCGGGUGGGCGGAGUCGGUCGGGAUGAGUGGCGGAGGAACGGAGACCCCCGUGGGUUGUGAAGCCGCCCCGGGCGGCGGCGGCAAGAAGAGGGACUCGCUGGGGACCCCAGGCUCGCCAGCGCACGUCAUUAUCAAGGAUCUUGGAGAAAUCCAUUCAAGGCUUUUAGAUCACAGGCCUGUCAUCCAAGGUGAAACCCGUUAUUUUGUGAAAGAAUUUGAAGAAAAACGUGGUCUUCGAGAAAUGCGCGUUCUUGAAAAUUUGAAGAACAUGAUCCACGAAACCAACGAGCACAUGCUUCCCAUGUGUGGGGAGACCAUGCGGGAGAGCCUGGACCAGGUUCUCCAGAGACUGCAAGCAGCUACUGACUCAGUCUGCAGACUCCAACAGAGGGAACAGGAGCGAAAAAAGGUCUCUGAGAGGAAGGUGGUCAGGAGACUGGAGAGGGCUCUGCCUCCCGCCCCCCCCACCAUGUCCUCACGAAUCCCACCUGGACCCGCCAUCUCACAAGGUUGGGCUCUCAUCUCCCGUGGUUCCUGCUGAACCACCAAGGCCUGGUGUUUAGCCCACGUGUCACCUGUGCAGAUGCCAAGAGGUCCCUGGUUCCUGUGCCCAGUGUUCGGUUUUUCCAGCGUGAUGCCACGUCUGCUGGGAACACACGGUGUACGAGGUCCAGUGGGCGCCCACCUUGCCCUGUGUCUGUGCUCCAGACACAGACCCUUCCCCCGAGCAAGGCUUCCCGCCUGCUUCUCCGUCUGCUUUAGAAGAAAGCUUGCCAUCCUUAUCUCCUGCGGGCUCUCCCAAAAGCACAGCCAGUGUGAUUUCCUUGACUGCACGAGGAUCAGUUCAGGAGACCCUCACGUCUUGGGAGACUGAGGACUUCCUUGACUAUGCGGUCUGACCAAAGGGGAGAUGAAUGACAAAGGCAGAAACUCACAAUUGAAGAAAACAGCACCAAGAAAUACUUUCCGUGCUGCGUAAGUAACACACAGACAUCGCCACCACCGCACACGUGAUGAACUGCUAACGUCCCCGUGUCUCUGAUAGGAAGGCUGCGGAGUGAGAUAAAGCGGGGGCCGCCGCGGAGGACAAACAUCCCGGCAUCCAGUAAACCUCAACCUGCUUCUUUUUUUGUUUGCAAGACUGGUCGCUAUUUCCUCCGUGGCUUUUGUUUAUUAACGUGUUGACUCAUCCAGAGUCAGUCGAGCGCCUGGUUUCCACACCAGAGGGCUGGAUUUGCACAUCUGCCAAGCGGAGUCUGCGAGAGAUAACAGCCAGCGACAAUGGUCUUCCUCCGUCCGUCGGCCAGAAAGACGUUUGGCAGAGCCGGCUGAGAAUAACUUAUCACCAGUGCCUGUUCUGGAAGCACAGGGUGGUUGUUUGCCAGAGAUAACAGGCAGGAUGCGACCGGGAGCCAGGCGCUCUGGACGUCGGGGCUACACCUGGCAGACGCCGCCGCCGGAGAGCAGAGAGGGAUGGGGCGGCCAGCCCGUGGCUUCCCGGUGCCCGGCCCUUGCUGUCAACAGAAACCGGGGCUCUAAGUCAGCCAGGGGACUGGGUUUAUUCCUGAGUCCUGUGAAGAACAUUUCAUGGUGUAUGCCUCAGGGAAGAAUGUCCAGAGAGGUGAUUUUUUUUAAUGUUAAUGCAAGCCACUCACCUUGGAGAAUCUGUUCAUUUCGGUUGCUUUUGUUAAAAAAUACACGAUUGUGUGACGAGAGGAGGGGUUUGGUUUGGUUUGGUUUGGUUUUUUAUGGAAGUGUUGAUUUGCAGUGUUGUGUUGGUUUCUGGUGUAUGGCACAGUGAUUCAGUUAUACAUAUAUAUUCUUUUUCAUAUCCUUUUUUCAUUAUAAGUUAUUACAAGAUAUUGAAUGUAGUUCCCUGUGCUGUACAGUGGAACCUUGUUGUUUAUCUGUUUUAUAUAUAGUGUUUGGUAUCUGCAAAUUCUGAACUCCUAAUUUAUCCCUCCCUUCCUUUCUCCUUUGGUGACUGUGAGUUUGUUCUCUAUGGAGAUGAGAGUUUGGUUGUCUUACAAAUCACCCUCUCCCUGGUUGAGACAUAGUUCACUCACAAGGGUGGCUUUGAUAACCUAGAGAUGCAGUUGAAGGUGUCUCGGAGAUUGGACCUGCUUGUUCUGAGCUGCCUGAAGAGCACCUGAAACUAAUAUUAACUGUUCUGCUCACCACACUUGGCCUUUAUUUAUUUAUCUAUUUACUUAUUUAAUGGAGAUGCUGGGGGUUGAACCCAGGACCUUGUGCAUGCUGAGCACACGCUCCACCACUGAGCUGUACCCUCCCCAGACACUUGCCUUUAGAUGUUGAAAUGGGACACAUUGCUUUGCAGGCUUUUCCAGCUCGAGACAUUAGAUGCACCAGGUGGGCAGCACCCUUGACAAUUUCCAUUGUCAGUUUCUGAUGAAGAUUUCCAUCCUUGUCUCAGAAUUUUUUAGAGUCAUAAUUAAAACAGGGAUAAAGGAAUGCUUGUUUUAGUACUAAGUGGAAUACUCUGCUAUAAAUCACUUACACUGCCAGUCCUGUGCAGCGUGUGAGGGCUAAUGACCUUCGUUCAUCUGAGGGAACAAGCACAGUGCAGAGCAGGGAAUCUGAGUUCUGUUUCAAGGUCACAGAGCUUCCUCUUCAACGUGGGCUCAGAGCAGAUGUCAGAGCUGCUGCGUUACUGGAGCCUUGAUGCACCCUUGAUGUUUGCGGAGUGAUUUACGACUCCAACACCAAAGCCCCCUUGUCAACGGUAAGUGCCUUCACGACCCUGUGUGUAAAUACAGCCUACUCUUUCCCCUCAGCCACUCCUGCUCUGUCAGUUAUAAACUAAGCAGUGUCAUCCCCAGAAGCAUUGAUCAAACAUCUGUCGUGGUGUUGUGCUAGGUGACCUAAAAAAAAUCCCUCUGGAUUUUAUAGCAUUCCUUUUUCUUAAUAUGUGGAUAGGUUUGUUGGUUAUUUAAAUCCCCUGAAGAGCGGGAGCUCAUAGGAGUGUGAGUCGUACCUCAAUAAAAGCUACGUUUCCUGGCUCUCACACAACAUCCUCUCAGUAGAGUUUCGCAAGUGGAGGUGAGGCUUAGCUCCAGGUUGCUUUGGUCUGAGUACAGGCUGCGCACCUUGCUUGAAGCAUCUUUGUCAUUAGCCUCUUGGUCUAGUUAAGACUGAGGUUAGUCAUCUGAUCUCCAUAGUGGCCAGUUUGUUGCAUGGGGCAGUUCACUGACUUGCCAUAGACAACUCAGAGAAAUUGAGGCCAGAAAGGCAUGACAUCCACUUAGUGCCACGAGGGGUUUUAGUGCACAGAGCCCUAAACAUAGAACUGUGGAUUUUGCGGCACUGCCUCCUUUGGGGCCGCCA